AUGAAAUCGCGACAGUUAAAGUUAUGCACCUAUCGAUUUGACGGUCCUCAUGUGCUGUGUGAAUUGCGCGACAGUGGAGGGCGUCGGUUUCAGGAUUCACUCCCGCCUUACUCCGUGCUGGAGCAGUGUUGUUCAAAAGUGGUAGACAUGCAUGCCGAUCUCGUGGCGUUGCAGAAUGUGCACCCCAAAAAAAUGGUUGAAAAGUUGUUGUUGCCCCCGCUGGCUUGUAGUCAUACUGCUGGUUUGGGUUUUGCGUACAACACUGAAACACUAAGGUUGAAGGAAAAGAAGGAGGUGAAUCUGUUCAGUCUGGUGCUUUGCCGUGCGAAGACGGAACUUGGAUACGCCAGCUGCUUACCUUCGUUUCGAUUUCGUCACUCAGAGCCAUAUAUACCGGCCACAUAUGCCUUAUUUGAGAUGGUUGCUGACGCCAACGACCCACCUGUUUCGUUUAUUGCUCUGAAUUGUGAUUUCUCACGGACGCCAGCAAAACUGCACAGCUUUCGAUGUGCGUUGAUUUCUGAGAUGAUUCGGGUUUUGUACGAGGACAUUAACCUGACGGAGUGCUGGGGAACCGGACGAGUUUUGCUGCUUGGUAGUUUUAAAUCGCCUCGUGGCUCACUCCCGUACGAUUAUUUAACAAGGUUUUCUGGAGUAACUGAGGAGGAAUUCCAAGUGCGCGCAACUCGAUCAGAAGUGCCUCCAAUAAUGGAAAAUGCAGCGUCUUCUCCGUGCGUCGUGCGCCGCUGGUGUUUUCUUAAUAUAUCCACGAAUCGCGUUCGCCAGCUGCAUCAUCUGACAAAUGUAGUUAUUGAGGCGCGUGGUGGUUCCCUGGACAGUGUGCGAGAAUUGGAACUCACUACACUGCACGACGAAGUCGGUCUUCCUGGGGUGGUGAAAAGGGACACGGACAGAAUUACCCUAUUAUUUAAUCCUCCUUAUGAGGUGACAGGAACACAGCGACAUUUCCGUUUGGCUUGGCGGGAGUACCGGGAAAGUAGCACUUCGCCGCUGCUGGAGCUUGGGUCAGAAGAAUAUCCUAUUAGGUUGUAUCGUUUAUCGCACGGAUACAGCAAUUCCGGUCUGAUGGAGAAGACAGGCCCUCGCUUCCGAAGCAUCUAUGCAAGUUGCAUUCACCAGCAGCCUCACUGUGGCAUGGAAGCACUCUUGGAUAAGCACGCAAAGCUGCAGAACGUCACGGUCCCGUUUGAAGACACCUCCUCCAAAUUGCAUAUCCAGCAGGUCUUGCCUCGAGGCCUAGGAUGCGAUAAUGUUUCGUUUCGUUCCUGGGGACGUGAGUCUUUGCUUCCCCCGUUUGAGGAAAGCUCAACUUUGGGGCCGCAGUCUACAGCAUUUUCCCCACAGAAACCUUGUUUGGGGCUCUCUGUGAUUCCCACACUGGAAGCGACGGCUGAGGGGUGCGAGGAGGAAGGGGAUUUCGUGUGCGGUACACAAGACUACAUAUUAUACAGUGCAUCAUCUUUCUGCUGUGAGGAGGUGGGUGCACUCCCAUCAAUUGUGGAGGCGUGCGCGGGUUGGCUUUUGCCCAUGAAGGACGAGGGUGCGCCGUCGAGUCAUCUGUUCUCCUGCACAGUUGCGAUAAAGGCAUAG